CCCAAAAAAAUCAAUCAGCAUCUUCGAUAUGGGGAAGCGAACCCCGAGCUACCCUGAAUUCUAAGCUUCAAAGCUUGAGAGGCGAUGGCCAAACAAAAUAUUAAUAUGUAUUGCCAAGUGUCAGCUUCAAUGGAUGCCUCAAACACGUUAUCAUGAUAUCACAUAAAGACUGGGCCUAGAAGGAUCUAUCAUCAUCAUGAUGCACGUGUUUGUCAUGGUUCGAGUCGUAGCCGCCCAAACGACUUGCUGUGUGCCACCUCCAUCUGCUCUGUUCGCUCACCUCAGACUCUUCCAAAUUUCACUAGCUUUUCUUGGAAUCAUCAUGUCACAAGCAUCAGCCACCGACGACGCCGAGGAUCAACGCACCCACAAUGACUCGGAUGAGCAGCUUCCUCCGCAAAACGACGUUGUAGGACCCAUCGAGGAGGAGAAGAUGAAUGUUGAACCUCUGACAGAACUGCCAUCAGGGAUCUCGAAUGCUGGACCUUCACGGCCGUUGGGACCUCACGAACAGCAAAAUACUUCCAAUGUUUCAUCAGUCGGUGAUUUAGCAACCGAGGCAGAAAAGGUUGUGGCAGAGAAGGACCAGCCAACUCUAAGCGAAUUAGCAAAUGUCAUGAAGGAAGUGUUGGAGGUUCUCAAGGACUCGACGAUUGCGUCGAAGAAUGGAAAGGACGAACGGUCUCGUUUCUGGAGGGUGUACAAAAGAGUCGCGGAGGAACACGACAGCGAGUUCCUCGAGCGAUACACUAGCGACCUGAACAUCCUCCUGAUCUUCUCUGGUCUUUUCUCCGCUGUCAGCACGUCUUUCAUUGUCGCGAUGGAGUCCGAUUUCAGUCCCGACCCUAGCGACACCACGAAUGCCCUUUUGAAGCAACUCGUGCAGAUCGGACUCGGCAAUCUCGCUGAGGCAGGCUCUACUCCCGUAGACCCAGCAUCCGGCUGGUCUCCGACUGCGCCGACCUUAUGGAUCCAAACGAUCGCAUAUGCGAGUUUGUCAAUGAGCUUGCUUGCUGCGUUCGGGGCCGUGCUGGGAAUGCAGUGGCUAGGGUAUUACAAGUCGAACAGAUAUGGCCGUGGCUCGCAGGAGCAGCAAGGGAAGCG